GGUGCACGGCGCCCACCCCCGCCCCGUUCUCUUCUCGACGCUCUUUUUUUCACCCCAGACCCAGAGGAUGCGUAGGAAGGAUAGGAGCACGGUUUUUUAAAGACCGCACCGUUCUGUUCACCGACGACGUACGGGGUCGAGCCGAUACAAUUACAAGUAGCGGCAGCCCAUCAGCCUCGGCGCAGCAGCACGGCCAGUCGUACGUCCUCGUCCGGUCGCUUCAGUUGAGCCUCUCCGUGUCCUCCCUUCCCCCGUUGUCUCGUCUCUUGUUGUCCGGGGCCAUGGGGAGGGCGCCGUGCUGCGACAGGGCGGCGGUGAACCGGGGCCCGUGGUCGCCGGAGGAGGACGACGCGCUGCGCGACUACAUGCAGCGCCAUGGCAACACCGGCAGCUGGAUCACCCUCCCCGCCAAAGCCGGGCUCAAGAGGUGCGGCAAGAGCUGCAGGCUGCGGUGGCUCAACUACCUGCGCCCGGACAUCCGCCACGGCGGCUUCACCGACGAGGAGGACGCCAUCAUCUACUCCCUCUACAGCCAGCUCGGCAGCAAGUGGUCGCUGAUAGCGUCGCAGCUGGAGAGGAGGACGGACAACGACGUCAAGAACCACUGGAACACCAAGCUCAAGAAGCGCCUCGUCGCCGCGGCCGCCGCCUUCCCGGCUGCCCCCUCCUCCCGCCGCCCCCCGUCCUUCACUCCGGCCGCAGCGCACGCGCACGCGCACCCAUCGCCGCUGCUCCCGCUCCCCGCGCCGACCGUGAAGGCCGAGACAUACACCUACGACGACUUCCUGGCGCCGACGGCCGGCCUCCACGACCCGUUCGCCGCGGAUGGCUCGUCGUCGGCCUCCGCCGCGGUCCAGGACCCGUUCGCCACAGAGGGCUCGUCGUCGGCAUCCGCCGCGGUCCAGGACGCGUUCGUCGGCGAGGGCUCGACGUCGGCCUCCGCCGCGUCGUCGGGGUCCAACUGGUCGGCGGUCGACAACGCGGGCGGGUUCUUCGUGGACUUCUGCGCGGCCGGGGCCGACCUCGCCGUCGCCGACCAGUUCCUCGGCGGCUUCUACUACCCUCUCGACCCGACCUUGUCACUAGUGUAGAAGAUCUCGUGAUUUGAUCGAUCAGACGUGCUUGUCCCAGGCGCUCGAUCUCCAUCAGUGAAUUCAGAUACAAGCUCUGGAAAAGGUGAUCUUCGUACGUACGGUCGCAAACGGGAAAUGUGGUUCUUGAAUCCUGAUCACCUCGAUCUGCAUGCUUCCAUGUCCACGUUUUUUUCAAGUGUUUACAGUUCUUUGAGCAGAAACUUUGUGCCACUCAUCC